CGGAGAAGGAGCCCAGGAAGGUUUACUCCUCACCGGCUCUGCCGGCUGGGGAGCGGCCGGGACGGAGCUGCGCCGUUCGCGGGAGGAAACAACGAGUCAUGUCGGCGGCCCAAGGUUGGGACGGAAACCGCCGACGAGGAGGGGGCACCGCGGGGGCUGGAGGCGGCGGCGGCGGCGGCGGCGGCGGCGGGGGUGGGGGCCGUGGAGCGGGGCUGCUCAACCGCUUCGUGAAGCUUUGCGGGCCGCUGCACCUGUCAGGUAAGAAGAAAAUACGAUGGGACGCUGUUAGGAGAUGCUUCAUUCAGUCCUGUCCCAUCCUAAGGAUCCCUAAAAGGUUUUUGAGAGGUCACAGAGCUCCACCGGCACGGAGUGGACAUCGGUGUGUGGCAGAUAAUACCAACCUGUAUGUAUUUGGAGGUUAUAACCCGGAUUAUGAUGAGUCAGGAGGGCCAGAGAAUGAAGAUUAUCCUCUCUUCAGGGAGCUUUGGAGGUACCACUUUGCUACAGGACUAUGGCAUCAAAUGAGCACAGAAGGUUACAUGCCCAGAGAGCUGGCAUCUAUGUCACUUGUGUUGCAUGGAAAUAACUUGUUGGUGUUUGGAGGUACUGGCAUUCCCUUUGGUGAGAGCAAUGGCAAUGAUGUCCAUGUCUGCAAUGUGAAAUACAAACGGUGGGCCUUGCUCAGUUGUAGAGGGAAGAAGCCCAAUCGGAUUUAUGGACAGGCAAUGGCUAUUAUAAAUGGCUUCCUCUAUGUCUUUGGAGGAACAACUGGCUAUGUUUACAGUACAGACCUACAUCGGUUAGACCUGAAUACCCGGGAAUGGAUACAGCUAAAACCAAACAACCUAGCUUGUGAUCUGCCAGAAGAGAGGUAUAGACAUGAAAUUGCACACGAUGGGCAAAGGAUAUACAUCUUGGGAGGUGGGACUUCCUGGACAGCUUACCCCUUAAAUAAGAUCCACGCAUACAAUCUUGAAACGAAUACAUGGGAGGAAAUUGCAACAAGACCCCAUGAAAAAAUAGGUUUCCCUGCAGCCAGAAGAUGUCACAGUUGUGUACAAAUAAAAAAUGAUGUAUUUGUUUGUGGUGGUUAUAAUGGAGAAGUGAUUUUGGGAGAUGUCUGGAAAUUGAAUCUGCAAACUUUCCAGUGGGUAAAGCUUCCAGCUGUUAUGCCUGAGCCAGUUUAUUUCCACUGUGCAGCUGUUACACCGGCUGGUUGCAUGUACAUUCAUGGAGGAGUGGUGAACAUCCAUGAAAAUAAACGGACUGGGUCAUUAUUUAAGAUGUGGCUGGUGGUACCCAGCCUUCUGGAACUGUCAUGGGAGAAACUGCUUGGGGCCUUCCCUCACUUAGUAAAUCUCUCCCGGACACAACUUCUGCACCUUGGACUCACACAGGGACUCAUUGAGCGGUUGAAAUGAGGGUUUCUGGACUAUUCAUUCACCAUGGAAAUACUAAUUUAAAAGAGACUUCUUUUUCUAUUUAUGGGCAGCGUAGAGUGUGCUACCAAGAGGAUUGAGUACCCUGAUCAAGGCCUUACUCAGAAAAUACAUCAGAUGCCUUUCUGUAAAUUUGUUUUUAAGUUUAUGGAAAUGUAUGAAUUUCCCCUAAAGAUGCUUCUCCCUCCCCUUUUUCCUUAAGUUCCCUCUUGCUGGGAAAUGGUGGGGGAGAGGAGAGAUGGAGUUAGAUUUCAGAAAAUCUCUUUAAAAUAUUAUGAAUCAAGAUACAAAUAUAGGCUUUUUUUUUCAGGAAAAUUCUGAACAUAUAGUCAGCAGUGUUAUGUGUAAUACAGGAGGCUAGUGCUCUCCUACUUUAAAACAUCAUCAUCAAAUCCCAGUAGUUCAGGAAAUAUGGGAAGGGUGCCUGUUGAGACCUGGUUUUCCCUAAUGCCUCAUUUUAAUAUAUUAUUUCUAAAGAGGUAUUUGAUUGAGUAGAUCUUCCUAACUACAGUAAUUUUUUGACAUGUUAGUCUAUAUAUAGACAGUCCAAAUACAUAUUUUGACUUUGAAUGGAAGGGUAACAAAUAGAUUGUUCACCUGUUUACCCCUUUGGGGGUUGGAAAAUAUUGGCUUAUCUAAAAACUUGUAUGUACAUUGUGGAUGUGGAAUAUGCUCUAUAUUGUUCUUGAAGACCAGGGUACCAAGAACAUUCCAGAUAAAAGGCACUAUGGGCCAGACAAAGCCAGAAUGACUUAAAAACACUGGAUUGCCUUCUCAGUGUUUGUUCUUCUAAGUGUCUCCUCUCUCUCAUCUCAUGGUGAAAUGUGGAUCUAAGCAAACUGCUUAAAAGUCAUAAUGUACUAUUAAGUAGAUCAUGAGGUCCAAGGUCCUGUAGUUUAAAAUGUAUAAGGAUAACCUUCAAGCUGUUUCCUUUUUGGAGACUUCAGACUUGGUCUUUCAUUUGAAAUGUGAGCUUUGACUUUCUUUCAUUUAAAACUUCUUCCAGGCCUCAGAAUUGGUGCCAUUUGCUAUUAGUAAGUAACCUGCUGCUUUUUAGGCUCUGGACUACAAGCCUCUUUUUUUCUCAGGCAAUAGGAUUUUCCCUCUAGAAAGCCAACUGGCAUUUGGUUGUUCCUUUAAAUAGUUUUGCUUUUUUUCUGUUCAUACAUAUUGUGCUUUGAGUCAUACAAUCCUAGUUGAGUUGGGAAAAGCCAAAAUCAGUAUGUUAAUCCAUUCUGGGAAACCAAGUGUCAUUUAAAAACCACCAUGGGGGAAGAAUGCAAUUGAAUGUCAUUUUCAUUUUUAUGUGGAACUUUUAGUCUUUUUUUUAAAUUUGGGGAAAUGACUUGAAUUUCUAAUUUGCUUUUUUGUCUAAUGUUUUAGAUAAUAAUUGGAUAGAUCAUAGUCAGGUGGACAUGUAGAUACAGAAUUAAUAAAGGUGCUUAAGAAAUACAGGAAAUGCAGACCAGGUUGUGGCACCUAGGUCUAAUGUAGAUUUGGGACAUGUUUUCCAUUUAAGUGCCUUUUUUUCCCUCCAAUUCUUAAAAAUAAUUUUAUCUUCACUUUAAAAACUGCUUGAGGAUGUAUGUAUUUUAAAAUAGUCUGAGUUAAAUUAAAAGCAUCUAAUAUCUAGGAAAAAGAGUAGAGAGCUUUGUGGAGUGUAGAACUGUAUACUGUUUUAACCCAUCUUUCAAGCCUUUUUGUAACAUCUCAUUUGGCUGUUGUGAAGACUUAGAUUUUUUUUUGUUGUUGUUCUGUAGUAGUUUGAGAUAUAACUGUUUGGGUUUUAAUUUUAGAGAUAUUAACCUUUUAAUGUAGGGUACCUAAAGGAAAGAGGCAACUAUAUAGUAGGUCUUGCCCUUUCCUAUGCUUUUCUACUAAUAGUUGCCUUUUAUAGUUUGUUAUUGUAGUCGCUUCAUUUAAAAGAACUGUUUCCCUGUCUUGGCUAGUCAGAUACAUCCAUUUUUAGUUCAGAGGAAGCAGCUCUGUGGCAAUCUGCCAGCCCGAGCAGGUGGGAUGAGACGAUAUUUCUAUUAAGGCCAAAGAAUGAUCCUUCAGCUUCCAACCUUUUGAUUCUAUAUAUGUAACCAACAAUUACUCUAGAAAACUGGAUAGAGAGGUCUGGUUCAGUCUUGAUUUGCUCUCAUUUGUAAGCCUUUUGUUGGGCAGACCCUUUGAUAGUACCAGAAACCAGAAGAAAAGCAGCACUUCCUCUGUCUUUUUUGCUUCAAAGUAGGCUCGUUGACUGCAGCAGUCUAUACCUGGCUUCCUUGUAAAAAAGAUCCAUUCCAUCCCUUGGUCAGUUCUAAUCAACAGUAGUGGAAGCCUGUGUGUAACUAGAUCUCUGGAAGUGCUGUCUAAUUAAAUACACCAUUCUUGCUAAUGAUAGGUCAUGCUUAUAUAAUGUUUUAAGAGACACGAAGUGCUUUCUUAACCACAACCCUGUGAAAGUACUUGAUAUAUAUUAUUGUCCCUGUUUCGUAGAUUAAAUGGGCUGAUUUGAAGUGGCUGGCUAAAUAGUCCCAAGGAUGAGAGCCUCAAAUCAAGCACAUCUUUUCUGACUGCAUGUCAGAAGACUUUGCCGUCUGUUUUGUUGAGCUGUUUUUCAAAUGUGUCUGACUCAUUGUGACCCGAUUUGGGGUUAUCUUGGUGAAGAUACUGGAAUUGUUUGCCGUUUCUUCAGCUCAUUUUACAGAUGAGGAAACCGAGGCAAGCUGGGUUAAGUGAC